GCAGGGCGCAGGCGCAGAUCCUGGGCGUCUGGGUCAGCUGACCCGAGGCACCCGCUCGAACCGAUUUAGGCCGCUUCUCUCGGCCUCAGAGUCGCCGCCGCCAUGGCCAGCCAGUCGCAGGGCAUCCAGCAGCUCCUGCAGGCCGAGAAGCGGGCCGCCGAGAAGGUGUCGGAGGCCCGCAAGCGAAAGAACCGGAGGCUGAAGCAGGCCAAAGAAGAAGCUCAGGCUGAAAUUGAACAAUACCGCCUGCAAAGAGAGAAGGAGUUCAAGGCCAAGGAAGCUGCGGCUCUGGGAUCCCAUGGCAGCUGCAGCACUGAAGUGGAGAAGGAGACCCAGGAGAAGAUGACCGUCCUCCAGAAGUACUUCCAGCAGAACAGGGAUGAAGUCCUGGAUAACCUCCUGGCCUUUGUCUGUGACAUCCGGCCGGAAAUCCAUGAAAACUACCGCAUAAGUGGGUAGGGGAGGAAGGAGCGGCUCUGCGUGCAGAUUGGCAUUUUAGAUGCCUUCGUGGAAUACGAAGCUUCAGCAAAGCUUGAGUAGUUACAUCCUUGUGAAAAGGCAUUAAAUUAUUUCUGUAUAUUAUGUAGUAGAGCCUUCACUUUUGGAGAGUAGCAAAUCUAGCUGCUUUGUACAAACGUAGAGCUUACCCAAAGAUUUUCUCCUUUUACCUCAUAUUUCUUAGAAAUUUAAUGUGUAUACGUUCUCUGUUUUCCCAUGCCUUUUAGCUCAAGCAACAUAUCAGUACUUUUUCUUUCUUAGAUGUAGUAAAAAAAAAAAAAAAAAAACCACACAAAAACCAAGAACAAAACAUUUUGUUUAAAGAAAGAAAGGGAUUAAAUAUUUUUUUUCCCUAAAGCUUUCUUGAAGGUCAGGGGCUUUAUCUAUGAAAAAGUAGUAAAUAGUUACUUGUAACUUGUGUGAGGCAGCAGCCAGCCUUAAAAUAGUCCUUUUUGGCUAAGGGUAAAACAACAAAUACUAGUAUAUAUUGUUCAGGCUGCUUUUAGUUACUCUUAAUCAAAAUUAUUAGAUGAUAGAAUUCAAGAACUUGUUACAUGUUAUUACUUGGUGUACUGAUAAUCAUUUAAAAGUAAAGACUUUGUCAUGCA